AUGAAUAUUUUCCCAUGCAAAAACCAAGAACAAGAAUCUCAUCACAACUUCUGCUUCAUCAGUGCACCACUACCUGACACUGAUCUGGUUCCACAUUCAAGCUCGCACUAUAGCUAUGAACUAGACACCAAUGAUCUUCAAGCAGAACUGCUAAAAGAAAAAACACUUCGAGAAAGCUUAGAGAAAGAACUUCAACAGCAGCAAAAGUUGGCGUUCGACUUGAGUGCCAGAGUGCACUACUCCUGCUUCAUGAUGUUCCAAAUGCAAGAGGCAUACAACAGGUUAAAAAGCUGCAAAGAAAACUUGAUGAUGGAAAACGCUCAAUUGAAGGAAACAGUUGUGAAGUUGGAAAGGAAAAAUGCACAAUUAAUUGGACAACAGAAGAAAAGCGAGUUAGCCAUUCAAUGCGUCAAUGAGGAAGAGAACAACGAGGGUUUCGACGUAAACGAAAUGUACGGCACCAAAAAUGAACUGCUGUUAAUGGCUCUCAAUUACAACAUAACAAGCAGACAAUCGCCGAAAGAGCAUGGGAAUAAUUCAUGA